AUGAUGCUCCCAGUCUUUGCCUUCACAUCUGGUAACUGUGAUGCUCCCAGUCUUUACCUUCACAUCUGUCUUCACUUUCACAUCUGGUGGCAGUUAUGCUUCCAGUCUUUAGCUUUACAUCUGGUAGCUGCCAUUCUUCUAGUCUUUACCUUCACAUCUGGUAGCUAUGAAGUUUCAAAUUUUUAUCUUCACAACGCUAUUUCAUCAGUGCUCUAUUUACGAAAUUACAAGACUGAAUGGAAGUCUAUCUCGCAGUUUUCAUCAUUUGUAUCAAUCGAGUUUCUUAUUGGCCGUGAGCAGCUCUUAAGGAACCUUCUACUGACCAUCGUGAGCGGAGUCGUCACCCUGGUCAUUUCCCGGGGGCAGUGCCGUUCGGCUCCUGGGCAGCACCUGCCCCGUCCGCCUCCCGGACUCCAGCGGGGUUUCUGCCACAGCUGUGACCCGGCCGCUGCAGGCUCAGUCGACCGCGUCCCCUGUGCUUCCCCCUUCAGGGCGCAUGGUGGCAGGCCGAGCAACGACUUUGCGGAGGCAGACAAACGCAAGCUUCAGCCAAAUUCCGGAUACUUGCCCCCGCCACGAACAAAGAUCUCAAGUGCCCGAAAGCCACCGCCAUACUUUCCCAGGACCUCUCGGUUGCCAGACACGGACGUAACCAGAUAUAAUGGCGCAAAUAAUGCAGAGAAACUUAAUAAUGAUAUUUUCAGCAUAAGCUGUUCUCGAAAUGUGUUAGAAAGGUUUACUAAAACCGCCAUAAGAAGGAUAUUAAUGUGCCCUUUGUUUUAUGAAGAUGUUCUUAAAAUCCGGUACUUGAGGGAGCGUAAACGCCAGAAACUGCAUCUCCGGAACAACUUUAAUGAUGUAAAAGUGUAAUAUAUUUACUGUGAAUAUAAAACAUUGUGUAUGAUGUGUAAUAAUGUAUAUAAUAGUGCAAAAUAUUUAUUUCAGAGACCAAUUUGGAUAAUUUGCGACCAGUCAUUUCUAGUAGAGGACACUGACUAGAUUAGUGCAGCGCAGUAAUACAAUCGAACCUUGAUGAAUGGCUGCUAAUUAGUGUAAUGAUGUAUAUAAUUAUGCAGACUUCGGUCGCCCGAGGCCCCGCCCUCCUCCGACUGCUUUCCUGCUUCAGCCCGCGUUCGCGUCCGCCUCGAGGCAGCGCCUCGUCUUCCUCACGUCGCCGCGCCCGAUGGCUCGCUUGAACUCACUCCCUCAGCGCCUCCUCCGAAGCAACAAAGGCUCCGCUGCACAGGACAUGAGAGUGCGGGAACCGAAGCGCGGGAUGGCGGGCAGCCGCUGCUCUCGUGACUGCGGUUCCCGGAAAGGGCUGGGAGACCUUGCGAAACGGCCGCCGGAAAUAGAGCGCUUGCUAGAAUUGCGAAUUCUUUCUGAACGACUGUCUGUCCAUUCUGAAUGUUUCAUUUGCUGAAUCAUGAAACGAUUAUACGGAAAGUCUGAAGGUUCACAGCAGUGUGCUCACACACACGCACACACACAGCUACAU